UGACCUCGAUCAGCUGAUAAGCAGUCAUAUGACCGAGUGAAAAUGGCGGGGAACAACACCAACACACCUGCGUCUGAGAGUAGAAACAACACACCUGGCACCGUGCAGGAGAUGCUGUACAAGGUCCUGGUCAUAGGGGAGUUCGGUGUGGGAAAGACAUCUAUAAUCAGAAGAUAUACAGAAGGUUAUUUUUCGCCAAACUACAAGCUGACAAUAGGAGUGGACUUUGCCCUCAAGUCAUUAGACUGGGACGAACGGACGAAAAUAAACCUGCAGUUGUGGGACAUAGCAGGGCAUGAAAGAUUUGGCCACAUGACCAGGGUUUAUUACAAAUACGCCAUAGCAGCAAUCAUUGUGUUUGACUUAUCAAGACCGACAACAUUUGAGUCAGUUCUGAAGUGGUACAUUGAUGUGAAUGAGAAGGUGAUGCUAGCAGACCAACAGCCCAUCCCUGUCAUACUAUUAGCCAACAAGUGUGACAUUGAUGACUCAACAUUUGACAAGUCUUCGCUGGAAGACUUCUGCAAACAACACAAGUUCAUUGGCUGGUUCGAAACAUCCGCAAAACUGGACAAGAACAUUGAUGAAGCCAUGCAGUUCCUGGUCAGCCACAUCCUGAAGUUGAGCAGUGAAGGUCAGAAGAGGGAUGAGUCGGCCAUCUCCCUGGAGGAUGACCCUCUGGAGGAUGACGAGGAGGAGGUCCAGCCCCAGGAGGAGAGGAAACCCUCAGGAUGCUGCUCGUAGCCAAGACUGGAGACACAGGCUACUCUGGGCAGGUGCCAAAUCAAUUCUGGGAAUUAUGUUGCUGCCAUAGUAUAGUUUUUAACACAAAAGCUUGGCAACUACACAACCAAGCAGUUAUCUGCUGAUGUUUCAGUAAUCUUUUGGCUGAGGAUUGUGAAAUGUAAGCAUAAACUACAGUGGGAGAACUGUAGAAAAAAAAUAAAUAAAAAACAUAUCAAACUGAUAAGAGUAUAGUUUAUUCAUAUUUGAAUCAGAAAAGUGUUUCUAGUCCAAACUAUAUGUAACAUAUUGAUAUGUAGCAUAUCAAUAUAGAGAGCUUGUAGUUGUGCCUUGGCCUUUGGGUGAUUGUUUUAAAAGGGAAUACUUGAAGGUCACAGGUUCACAACCAAGGUGAAUUGUUUCAUGCUAUUACCUACACUCAUAGAGGCCUUCUGAGUAUUAGAUAUACUUCAUACCAUGUAACCUGGAAUAGGCAAUACCUCAAAGCAGUUUGUAUGAUCAUGUAAGUUACAUUAGUUGCCAUUGUUCUUGCUCCAUAUUCAGUCUGUUCAAAUCAGUGCAUGUUCUUUUGUAUGAUUUUUAAAAUAUUGAAUUUAAGAAUGUACAGUUAAGUUUUGCCUUUGCAAGGACAAAAUGGUACAUUAGUAAUUAUGCUGGUCUCUACAUGUACUUGAUGGCAGGUUACAAUAGUAAGGCUGCUUUAUGUAUACUAUUCAUGUAGCUCCUUCCAUUUGUAUAGGAUAAUUGGAAAAGAUGAAAGAUAUAAAAUCAUGUACCUUCAAAACUGGUAGCAAAACAAUUGUAUGUAGUCCUGUUUAGCUUACCAAAUGGUGCCUUUAUUUGUUCACGAAGUGGGGGGGAUUAGGACAAGAUUUGAUAUACAAGUACAAUGCAGUAGAGAAUGAAAUUAUUUUUCUACUAAUAAUUUUACAAGAAACUUUGUUAAUUUUGAUAUGGAAUUCCAUGUAUUUGUAUAUGUGUGCUAUGAUGUUAAAACUUAAUUGGACUAUUAUUUAU